AUGCCGCUGUUCCUCACUUUCAUCGAUUUAAAGAAAGCCUUUCAUACAGUUGAGACCGAUGCGGUUAUGGAGGCUUUGGGCAACCAAGGCGUCCCUAUUCCAUACAUAAAGAUACUUCGUGAGUUGUACAGCAACUUCACGACCAAUGUUUCGCCAUUCUACAAUGUCAUAAUCGAUGUGAAUAGAGAGUGCCAUGAUGCGAUGAGAGGAUUGGAACAUGGGAGAUUGCAACAUGACAUGGAAGUGAAUAUUGACGGCCGGCAUUUACACCAUCUUCGUUUCGCUGAUGACAUCGUUCUCAUAACAACAAGCAUCAACCAGGCGGAACGGAUGCUGGCCGAAUUUGAUGAAACGUGUCGGGAAAUCAACAUGAUGAACGACCUGACCUCCGAGCUGGGCAGAAGGGCACGAGCAGCUUGGGAAGCAUUCAAGAGCAUCGAGGAUGUAGUGAAGAGGACCAAGAACAUCCGGCUCCGCGCUCACCUAUUCAGCACCACCGUUCUUCCUGCUUUGACCUACGCUCCUACGCUUCAGAAACGUGGGCGUUUCGCAAGCAACCGAACGAUAGAACGCGGAAGAUGA